AUGUUUAUAAGAAAGCAAAAAAACAAUUUUACCAGUCUGAUUAGAAAUGCUAAACAAAACUAUUUUAAAGACAAGUUUUCUGAACACAAGAACAAUUCAAGUAAGCUUUGGAACCUUAUUAAGUGUUUGUCUAAAGACGGUGGUGAAAAUAAAAGCGGAAUCUCUCACAUUGUUGAAAACAAAGUUGUGAUAACAGAUAGUACUAGCAUUGCGGAGAUUUUUAAUCGCUACUUUAUUGACAUACCUACGAAAUAUCUCGCCUCACUUGCCGAAUAUCAAGGAUUGACAGAUGUCUCCUUCGAAACGAGUAUCAAUUUUGCAAUUUUGCCCAUCACUGAAAACGAUGUAUUAGAAUUGCUAAUGUCAGUCCCAUCCCACAAAGCUACUGGUGAUGACGGAAUAGGUAUAAAGAUCCUAAUGACUGCCGCACCUGCAAUAGUACCCUCUCUCACAAGAGUACUAAAUUUGUGCCUGACCAAGAAACACUUCCCGAAAGCAUGGAAAAUAGCAAACGUUUCACUGUUUUUAAAGGAAAUGGAAGCAGAAACGAUAAAGAAUGCUUUUGGCCAAUAUCAGUACCCCAAUUCUUUCGAAACUGUUGGAAAAACUGAUCUGUCGUUCAAUGAACAAAUUUCUCCGUGA